CUAAUAUUAUAAAUGUUUUAAAAUAGAAUAUAAUUAAAUGACGUUUUUUACUUUUGACAAAGAAAUUUUUCUGACAUAAACGUGUCAAAAUUUCAACCGAAAUUGCAAGCGUAAAUUUCCAACAUAUUUCCUUUCAACUAGUAAUAUCAUUCCCCAAAAACAUAAAUUCGUACAUAAACGCACAAGAUCAUAAAUUAAUAAAUUAAAUGAUGGUUAGUGACUCGUCCAGCUCGAGCGGAUCCUCAUCAUCAGAAGAGAAACCCUCUUUGAAACCAUCUCUUACCAAUACUACUAAGUCAACUAAUCAUGAGUGCACACCAUAUGCACGUAUGGUUGCGCGGAGACAUGGUGAUGACCACACUGAUUCCGCACAAAAGAAGAAGAAGAAACGGUCUAUAAGCGUAAAUUUGGCAAACUGCCGUUAUGACGUCAUACGUAAAAUCACCGCCCAGUUUGGGUACAAAGACUCUGGAGACGCAGACAACUGGAAUCUAUACUGGACAGAUUGGUCUAUAUCCGUAGAAAGAUGUAAGGAUAUGAAACGUUAUCAAAAAAUCAACCAUUUUCCUGGUAUGUUAGAAAUCUGUCGGAAAGACCUACUUGCCAGGAACCUCAACCGCAUGCAAAGGUUAUUCCCAAAAGACUACAACUUCUUCCCCAAAACCUGGUGUUUACCAGCAGAUUUAGGUGAUGCUUUAGCUUACAACAGAAGCAGAAAAAACAAAACCUAUAUCAUAAAACCAGAUGCAGGAAGUCAAGGUAAAGGUAUUGUCCUAACCAAGUGUCUCAAAGACGUGAACCCUACUGAAAGAAGCAUCUGUCAAGUUUACCUCUCACGUCCUUUUCUUAUUGAUGGAUAUAAAUUUGAUCUACGAGUUUAUACUUUGAUAUCUUCCUGUGAUCCCUUAAGAAUCUACGUGUAUCGUGAGGGUUUGGUCCGUUUCGCAACCUCAAGGUACAAGGAACCCACUAGUGUGAAUGUAUCCAAUAUAUUCAUGCAUCUCACCAAUUACGCAGUAAACAAACAUAGCCGUACCUACAAUCAAGAUACAGAAGCAGGUAGUAAACGGAAGUUGACUUGGUUGAACGCUUUCCUCAAGAAUUUAGGUUAUGAUGUUGAUAAGCUAUGGAGGAGUAUUGAUGAGGUUAUUAUUAAGACAGUCAUCAGUGCGUAUCCUAUCUUGAAACAUAGUUAUGUCGCAUGUUUUCCUAAUCAUGAUGUAAUCCCUGCUUGUUGUGAACUUCUGGGAGUGGAUAUCAUUUUGGACCGGAAGUUAAACCCGCAAUUAUUAGAGGUUAACCACUCACCAAGUUUUCAUACUGAUACUGAACUAGAUUGUGAGGUUAAAGAGUCUUUAUUGACGGAUAUGUUUGCCAUGAUGAAUUUAGAACGGUGUGAUAAAAAGAAAAUCAUCCGGGAAGACCGGAAGAAGAUCCGGGAACGCCUCCAGGGUUUAAGCACAAGCAAAGAUGGUCUUUCUAAUAACCCAUCACUAGGUCUACCAAACUUUAGUGAAUAUUAUAAACACGAGAUGAUCAACCGCGGGGAUUUCCGGCUUGUGUUUCCUACUAAUGACCAUACCUAUGAUAAAUUCUACCAUCAAGGUGUUAGUAGUAUUUAUGCAACCACACAAGCAACUAAAGCUAGAAUUACAGCCCAGAAUCUCAUGCGGGAAGAAAUGUUAACAAAAGCUAAGUUGGAAGCAGAGAAACGAAUGGUUAACCUUCGCCCACCUACAAAACCCUACCGAGGGGGAUCACCUCCUCUGCCUAAUGCCAUAUCAUCACAUGUAUCCGACACCAGUAAGAUGAUCCGGAUAAGACCUUACACAUCGGGUGUAGGUUUGAAUUCUUUCGAACCUCAGGUCAUAGUCGAAGCAGAAGAAAACGAAAGAUUACAAAGAUUAACUCAGAGAGACUUCCUGGUGAGGAAUAAUGGUCUCCUGGAACAUAUUUACUUCUCUAUGAAAGUUAAUGGUACCCUGCGUAGUCAAGACGAGAAAAAGUAUGCGAUUUUUGAUAAAAUGAGAACAUCAGGUGAUCAAAUGAUGAAAGGUCCUGCUAUUUCUGAUCUACUUGAAGGUAUACGUUGUUCCGGAGCUACCGUAGCAGCUAAAUCCAAAUCAGUGGAUAAAGGUGAAAAAGGUGAUGCUCCACAAGCAAGAAAAUCACAUAAAUUCACGAAAUAAUAACAUUGUGCUUGUCCAUACCAUCAGUAUUAAAGUCAAAAUAAAUAGUCUUGCGUUUAA